AUGGCACGCGGCAGCAACGCCAAUGGCGCCUCUACGCCAGGCAAUGCGUCCCAAAAAGCUGCACCGGCAAGCUCAGCCAGACACGUUCACAAGCAGCAGAGCAUCGCUGGAUUCUUCCAAAAGCGGCCAUUGCCAGCCGUUGCAGCCAGCACUCCAGUCAAGCGCUCUGCCGAUGACUCCCCUGCACCGAAGGCCAUACGCAGCGGUGGUGAUGCAUCGAGCGCUCUCGCCUCUAGUCCACAUACCGCUCCCGGAGCAUCUCAACAGAGCUCUGUCGGAAGCGGUCGUAACAAGGAGAAUGGUGAGUGCUGCGUGCCUGCUGGAGAGACCAGUGACUGACCCACUGAUAGAGACGCCAGGCACCAACUAUUCCAGUCCUUCACGCAAAGCCAAGAAGCAGGUCAAUUACGCAGAAUCCGAUGAAGACGACGAUGAAGCGCUGCAGCCCUCCACAGGAAAUCGUCGUGCUGCGAAACGUCGCCGCAUCAGCGUCAAAGAUGACGAUUCAGACGAUGAAUUUGGCCUUGAUGCGAGCACGCUGGCUGCAUUGGAGAGUGACGAAGGUAUGCUUGGCGUCUUGUGCCUUCACUGGGGCCACUUACGAGGAAGGAUCAGUGUCUUUCUCCCUCUACUCCGCAUCGAAUACGCCAAGUUUUGCAGACUCCCAGGCUGACAAUAAAGCCUCAGACAUGAACGAUUUCGUGGUGGAUGAUGACCUAGAGGACGAGGCCAAGCCAUCCAAGUCCAAGAAGCGGAGCUCUGCCCCGAAGGCAUCUGCACGGAGCCCCGAGAACCCGCCACCACCGCCUCAUGAAGAGAGCGAGGAUGUCCCGAUAUCUGGUUCGACGACCACCCAGUGGACGUUCGAUCCAGAUGCUCCUCCUGCGACUGAAAUACGUCGCGAAGCUCCAAUUACAAGCAAGCAGGCAUCAACUGGGCAAUCGAGGAAGCAGAAGGCGCACGUAACAGAGCCCGCUGACCGUUAUCCCUGGCUAGCUUCCAUUCAGGACGCGGACCGCCAUCCACCAGAUCACCCUGACUAUGAUCCUCGGACGAUUUUCAUACCGCCAAUGGCCUGGAACAAGUUUUCGCCCUUUGAGAAGCAAUACUGGGAGAUCAAGCAGAAGUUCUGGGACACUAUCGUCUUCUUCAAAAAGGGUAAAUUCUAUGAGCUCUACGAGAACGAUGCCACCGUCGGACAUCAGCUGUUCGACCUCAAGCUCACUGACAGGGUCAACAUGCGCAUGGUGGGUGUUCCUGAGGCGAGUCUAGAUCACUGGGCAAACCAGUUCGUUGCCAAGGGAUUCAAAAUUGCAAGAGUAGAUCAGAUGGAGACUGCCCUGGGAAAGGACAUGCGAGAGCGAGACAUCAAAGGCAAGAAGGAAGAAAAGGUCAUUCGCAGAGAGCUCGCUUCUGUGUUGACGUCGGGCACACUUGUGGAUGGGGGCAUGCUCCAAGGCGACAUGGCUACCUUCUGUGCAGCCAUCAAGGAAGGAGAGGUCGAUGGCAAGCCGUCGUUUGGCAUCGCGUUUGUGGAUGCCGCUACCGCUCAGUUUCACCUCACGGACUUCGUUGAUGACGCGGACUUGACACGAUUUGAGACUUUUGUCGCGCAGACCCGACCUGGUGAAUUGCUGCUCGAAAAGGGAUGCAUCUCAGCCAAAGCGUUGCGAAUUCUCAAGAAUAACACGCCCCCUACCACAAUCUGGAACCAUUUAAAGCCUGACAAAGAGUUUCUAACAGCCGAGAAGACGCGAAUGAAGAUUGCCGGCGAGGGCUACUUCGAAAGUGAGACCGAGGACAGUGGCGAUUCAUGGCCGAUCGUGCUGCAGGAGGCCAGAGCAAAGGAGCUUGUCUUUUCGGCAUUGGGUGCACUGAUCUGGUAUCUCGGGACCCUUAAAAUUGAGCGCGACCUCAUCACAUGCAAGAACUUCGCCUGGUACGAUCCGAUUCGGAAAGCUUCCAGCCUUGUUCUCGACGGACAGAGCCUGAUCAAUCUCGAGAUCUUCGCAAACACCUUUGAUGGUAGCACCGAGGGUACACUCUUCACCAUGCUUAAUCGCUGCAUAACUCCGUUUGGGAAGCGUAUCUUGAGGCAAUGGAUCUGCCAUCCGUUGGCAGAUGCGCAGAAAAUCAAUCAACGAUUCGACGCGGUAGAUGCUCUCAACGCCGAUGGCACCGUCAUGGACCGCUUCACUGCAUCUCUCACACGUCUUCCGGACCUGGAACGCCUUAUCUCGCGCAUUCAUGCAGGUCGUUGCAGGCCGCAAGAUUUUGUCAAGGUACUUGAAGGGUUUGAGCAGAUAGACUACACCAUGUCCCUGCUUGGAUCUUUUGGCAAGGGAGAGGGCCUCCUGGGACAGCUCAUUGCGGCCAUGCCGGAUCUUGCUGGCGCAUUACACCACUGGAAAGAUGCUUUUGACCGCCAAAGAGCCAAAGAAGAGGGCUUACUGAUCCCUCAGCCUGGCGUUGAAGAAGAUUUCGACGAGAGUCAAGACCGAAUCAAUGGUAUCGAGAAGGAGCUUAACAAGCUACUUCAGAAGUGCCGGAAGGAUUUAGGCUCCAGCGCCAUCAAAUUCACGGACAGUGGAAAGGAGAUCUACCAGUUGGAGGUGCCCGUUAGGGCUAAAGCCAAUAUACCAAAGAAUUGGAAGCAGAUGUCGGCAACUAAGCAGGUCAAGCGAUGGUAUUUCCCAGAGCUAGAAAGCUUGAUCCAGGACCUGAAAGAGGCUCAGGAGAUGCAUACGCAAGUUGUGAAAGACAUGUCGGGCCGCUUUUUCGCUCGUUUCGACGAGGCUUACGGCAUCUGGCUCGCUGCCGUCAAGAUUAUCGGUCAAUUAGACUGUCUCAUCUCGCUGGCAAAGGCUUCGUCCUCCAUGGGCUCACCCUCCUGCAGACCAGUAUUCGUGGACGACGAUUCUGCUCGCAGUGUUCUCGAAUUUCAGACUCUGCGUCAUCCUUGCAUCGAGACCACGACCAAUUUUAUACCCAACGACAUCGGCCUGGGCGGCGAGGCUGCGUCUGUUACGCUGCUCACCGGAGCGAAUGCCGCUGGCAAGUCUACCAUUCUGCGUAUGACUUGCAUCGCCGUCAUCCUCGCCCAGAUUGGCUGCUAUGUUCCUUGCGACUUCGCUCGUAUGACUCCGGUCGACCGCAUCAUGUCUCGUCUGGGAGCGCACGACAAUAUCUUUGCUGGCCAGAGUACGUUCAUGGUCGAGCUGAGCGAGACCAAGAAGAUCCUUUCAGAGGCCACACCACGCUCCCUGGUCAUUCUCGAUGAGCUUGGCCGUGGAACGAGCAGUUGUGACGGUGUGGCGGUUGCACAAGCAGUCCUACAUCAUGUCGCCACACACGUCGGCUCUCUGGGCUACUUCGCUACCCACUAUCACUCCUUGGCCGCAGAGUUCCAACACCAUCCCGAGAUUUCCGCGAAGCGAAUGGCCGUGAGAGUGGAGCAAGACGUGCGCAACGUCACCUUCCUCUACCAGCUCGAGCCCGGUGUUGCAGAAGGCAGUUAUGGAAUGCAUUGUGCCGCCAUGUGCGGUAUCCCAGACAAGGUGAUUGAUCGGGCGGAGCAAGCGGCCCAAAACUGGGAGCACACUGGUCGUAUCAAGGAAUCGCUUGAGCGGGCUCAAGAAAGCAAGUGGCUGCCAUUGGGACUUUUGAGCGAUGUGAGCUGGCUGCUCAAGCACAACGCUGAUGAUGAACAGCUCGUGACGACCGAGAGAAGCCUUGAAGUCUUACGCCAGGCGAUUGCGGCGCUUUGA